AUGAGUAGUAUGGCUGUAUAUAUAUCAUCACGAGGUGUGAGAUCUCUUCAUCCAAUCAACUUCCGGGCUCCAUGGCCUUUUGUGAAAAAAGGUGCGUAUGGUCAACGUAAAAUUGGACCUAUGGUCUACGAAAAGAACCGAUGGCCAGGACCUAAUAGGGAAUUCCCAGAAUUAUCCCCGAAAUGGCAUAAGGAAAAUCCCGCUGAAUUGCAUAGAUAUACUGGCGUGCAAGAAGAAGGAUAUCUCGAUGCUGCUACAGGAAAGUUUGUUUCCGUUCCUGAAAUGAAAGCAGAGCUUGUUGUACCAGAUUUGGAAGGAUUCAAACUGUUGCCGUACGUUUCUUAUAAAACUGAUGUUGAAAUUGAAAAAAGACAGUUGGCCUACGAAGCUAAAGUCAGAGAGAAGGGUUCAGAGGCUUUAGCAGAUCUAUACACAUUAGAGGACGAAAGAUGGCCACCUCCGAAAAUGUCCGCUCGUACUCUGUUCGAACUUCAUUACGGAGACGAAAUUAGAGAGGCUUAUAAAAUUGGACGAUAUGGACCUGUUGCAGUGGCCGAAGAAGCUACGAAAAAAGAGAGCUCUGAUAAGAUUUAA